AUGCUCUCCCCAACGAAUCUUCUGGCAAGGUUGAGGUCCAAGUGGCUAGUCCUGCCCUCAAGGAGUUCAUCGAUCAAUCCACUUGCUGCACCUCCAACAAGCCCGGAAAGUUCCAAAGAGAAGUCCGCAGAGGAGGGCCUCGACAACAAUCUCAACGGCUGGAAAUUGGCUGGAGUUGUCAUCUCGCUCAAUGCUGCCAACGGUGUUGCGUCAGUGGAUCUACUCGGGGUUACUGCUGUCCUUCCAGCGGUCAGCGACCACUUCACAAGCGGAGGCAACAUCGCUUGGGCAGCAACAACACAAUUGAUCGGGGCUACUGUUGGGCUAGCUGUACUCGGCUACCUCAGCGACACCUGGAGUAGGCGAAAGAUGCUGCUCAUAUCCAUCAGCAUCUUGAUCCUAAGCUCGCUGGCAUGCGCACUCAGUCGUUACCAAUCGAGAACGGAUCUGUUCAGUGCUUUGCGAACCUGCUCUGGGAUUGCGACCGGUAGCAUUAGCAACCUUGUCAACAUCGCUCAAAACGACUUCUUACCCCCUGCGAGACGAUUGAAAUAUCAAGGAGUUCAAGGCACUUCAGUAGCAUUGGGCAGCAUACUCGGCAUGAUGGUAGGCGCUGUUUUCGCUUCCAGUUCCCGAUGGCAUUUCUUCUACUACUUUGUAGCAGCGCUCGCUGCAUGUUCCUGGCUUGCCAUCUUUCUAUACGUUCCAGCCAAUCGCAAAUCCCCAGAGAGAGACCAGAUCCGCGCGGUCGUCGGGACGAUUGAUUUCUGGGGCAUCCUUUCAGGUACGGCUUUCAUCGUGCCCGGGCUCUUGAUGCUUAGCAAGAAUUCGAACCUCGAACGAGCGGUAUUGAUCGUGCUCGGAACAACGUCUGCAAUUUCCCUCGCCCUGUUCCUCUAUCUUGGAUUCAAAGGAGAUCGCGGGACAGUUCGGCCUAUUGUGCCUUUCGAGUUGUUCAGAAAUCGAACGAUCGCAACGGUUAUUGUCCAGAACAUCUUCUUGGGCGCCGCAUACUACACCUUCAACUACUACAUGCCCAUCAACCUUCAGGUUGUCCGUGAGCUGUCACCGAUCAAGGCGUCAUCAUACCAGGUGCCAUACUACAUCACGCAUGGCGUUUGGUCCACUGCAUCGGCACUUAUAAUCCUGCGUCUACAACGCAAAGGCGGCAGAAGCUACUCGCUGAUAUUCUUCGCUGGCUUCGCAACCUGGACAAUCGCCAUGGUAGCCUUGGCAGUCGAUAGCGAGUACCCUGUAUCCGGUGUUGUGAUUUUCCUCAUGGUACUGGUCGGCAUUGGCACAGGGAGUUCCUUUCAAAACUCCGUAAUGGCAAUCUCUGCACAAGCCAGCAUAGAGACCCGGGGCCUCGCAGUCGGCACUCGUAAUGUCCUGCGUUUCUUUGGCGGCGCUCUCGGCACGGCUAUCAGUUCAGCUGUAAUGCGAAACCGUCUACUUGCGGAAAUCCCGGAAGGUCUGGUAGAUUUCCGACUGGCAGCUUCUACAUUCUCGAAUGCUGCGCUUGAAAGAUUCAACGCCGAGCAGGCGGAUGCUGUGCAGCAUGCCUAUAACAAUGCCAUCACCUGGGUGUUUGGUACUGCUGCUAUCAUGGUUGGUGUCUGCUUUGUUCUAUGUCCGCUUAUCAAGGACCAGUCGCAGAAACAGAUGCAGGAUGAAGAGAGCGGGGAAAAGGGUCACAACACAACACACACAGACAGCGGGCCCGGUGCUACGUCCACAGACGGAGCCGUUCUCGCCGAGCAGACAUUUCCACCUCAAGAGAAAGCGUGA